AUGAUAACUACAAUCAACAAUAAUACGAACACGCAUCACAUCCCCAAUCAAUCCAUCUCUUCUCAAACUGAUCGAUCUAGUUCUCCUAUACUAGUUUCACCAACUUCUCCUCCCUUAGUUGCUCUGUCCCCUUCCCACUCUCACACGCAGCCUGUCCCCGUUCCAGGUAAAUCUCAGAAAAGUGUUAAAAACAAAAACAAAACCAAUACUAAGCCACGUAAAUCUCAUUCUCGAAAAUCCUCAUCAUCCUCUACUGUCAAUUCAGGAACUCGUUUCCCACCAUAUAGUACAGGGGGUGAAAGACAAUGUACGAAUUGUUCAGAGGUCGAUACGCCCCAAUGGAGAGGGACUUUAUGUAAUGCUUGUGCACUCUGGAAGAGAUCUAGAGGGACUGACAGACCAUUACCACUUUUGUUCCCUGUGAAAAGAAGGAGUCCAACACCGGAAGAAGAGGAAGAGAAAGAUGACGAUCGAUCUGAUGAUGGUGGGAUUGAUCAUAGAGAAUCGAGUCCUACGAUUGUGGGUGUCAAUGUACAAAGGAGGUUUUGGGUGGAUGAACGUAGACAUAGGUCUACAUCGGAGAAUACGCUAGGUGGGCAAUUACCUAUCAGAGGUAGGGAUCGAAGUGAGACUGUGAUAAGACCGAGACCAAGAUUGGGUAUGGGUAUAGUAAGAGGAUGUCCACCAGGGAGGGGGGUCGUACAUGGACAUGGGAGGACAAUGUCAUAUCAGCCUGUUAUCCAUCAUCAAAGACAAUUAUCUCAUCCAUUCCCCACUUUAAACCUUUCUAUCAUCCCCCCUAGCUCUAAUAAUAACGGACCUCAAACAGGUAGGAUCCAAGGAGUACACUCUACACCUGUGUCACCUACCCACGCUAAAGACGAUGGGUUACCUCCUUCCAACAGCAACGACGGUCAACAAGCUGAAUUCGGAGUAGGUUUGCAAAGUCGAAUAGCAGCGUUGAUGUCUCAGGUGAAAGUUGAAGAUAAGCCUAAAAGAAGAAAUUCGAUACCUUCUAUUGGAGUUGCCUUUAGAUCGACCUCCUUGCCUGGUGAUCAUCCAGGAAGUCAUCAGGAGAUAGAAGAAGUUAGAUCACCUUAUCUACCUUAUUCGUUAGAUAAGAAGGGACAUGGAGCGAAUCAGUCAAGGUUGAAAGCUAUUUUAUCACGAAUGGAAAACCAACAGUUUACUGUCGAACAGGAUCAAUCAGAGAAUCAGAAUGAGAAUGAAUCGAUUUUGGGAUUGGGUAUAAGUAAAGAUGAAUUUAUGAGAAAUGCUGGAUGGUUAUACGAUGUUUUGGAGUCGACCAGCAGACUCUUGCGUCAAAGCCAAGGUCAAGGUGCCACUACAUCGUCUGCAGAUCAGAUGGACGUCGAUGAUGACUCUUCGUCUUCUUCUUGCUCGAGACGCGUGGAGGAAGAAGAUCAUGGUGGAUUGGAUAUUCUAGGUGAACUCGCUGAAGAAGAAUUACAAAAGAAAAAUCGAUGA